AAAGAGAGCUAGGGUUCUUUAGUAUUGUCUACUUGGUGGAAUGGAUAUUUAACGCGUUGGGAGCUCCGGCGUCGAAGCCUCUCCAGAUUGGAUCGCCCAUGGCUGCUCUUUCUUCUUCUUCGCUGCUAGGAACCAAGCUGAGUGAUGCUGCCGUGCAUGAUUUGCGGUGCCCUCGCUUUGCGCAGCUCAAAUUCGAGAGAAUAAGUGUAACGGGGCGGAGUUCUCGUCCGAUCAAGCGUUCCGCGCAAGUGGUCAUAAGUUGUGCUGGGACAUACAACGCAUCCACUGUUGUGGAGAAGAUUGACUUUAGGAAGCUUCAGAAUGGAAGUGACAUACGUGGAGUCGCUGUUGCUGGUGGAGAAGAGGCUGUUAAUUUGACAGUGGACGUCGCCAAAGCGAUUGGUGCUGCAUUUGCGCAAUGGCUGGCUGAUAAGAAAAAAGAAUCCACGUCCAGUGCUUUACGCGUCUCAAUCGGCCACGAUUCAAGAAUAUCUGCGAGCUCCCUCGAGCAAGCAAUUGCUCAAGGCAUCGGUGAUACUGGCUUGGACGUUGUUUUGUACGGGCUGGCAUCGACCCCGGCAAUGUUUAAUAGCACAGUGACGGAAAGGGAGGAUCUCUUAUGCCCAGCUGAUGGUGCUAUCAUGAUCACAGCCAGCCACCUUCCUUACAACAGGAAUGGUUUCAAGUUUUUCACCAACACCGGUGGUCUUGGGAAGGCUGAUAUAAGCGACAUCCUAAGCCGUGCUGCUCAGAUACACAGCGGAAGCUCCUCGCAAGGAAACGUGACAUCCAAGGACAUGAAGAGAGUGAAUUACAUGGACCACUACGCGAGCGAUCUUGUGAAAAUUGUUCAAGCUGCCGGUGGAAAAGAACGUCCGCUCGAAGGAUUUCACAUUCUUGUAGAUGCAGGAAACGGUGCUGGUGGUUUCUUUGCGGAGAAAGUGUUGAAGCCUCUUGGAGCAGAUACGACCGGAAGUCAGUUUUUGGAGCCGGAUGGCAUGUUUCCGAAUCAUAUUCCCAAUCCUGAGGACAAGAAAGCAAUGGAAGCCGUGACAAGUGCUGUUCUCAAGCACAAGGCGGACUUGGGGAUCAUAUUUGACACGGAUGUUGACAGAUCUGCUGCAGUGGACUCCAGCGGCAGAGAACUUAAUCGUAAUCGCUUAAUUGCACUUAUUUCUGCCAUUGUUUUGGCCGAGCAUCCCGGGACAACAAUUGUGACCGACAGCAUCACUUCAGAUGGCCUCACAGAAUUCAUCGAGAAGAAACUGGGGGGAAAGCAUCACCGGUUCAAGAGAGGAUACAAAAAUGUGAUUGAUGAAGGCAUACGCUUGAACUCGGUGGGUGAGGAGUCCCAUCUAGCCAUUGAGACGAGCGGGCACGGAGCAUUGAAAGAAAAUCGCUGGCUGGAUGAUGGUGCUUAUUUGAUGGUAAAGCUUCUUAUCAAGCUUGCCGCUGGAAAAGCAGCAGGGGAGGGCGAGGGCAGUGAAGUGCUGACGAGACUGAUCGAAAGUCUUGAGGAGGCAGGAUUUGCAACGGAGUUCCGGCUAAAAAUCAACGAGAGCCAUCAAGACGUUGGCUCCAAAACAUUUCGAGAGUAUGGAGAGGAAGUUCUGCGUCGCCUGGAGGAGUCAUUGUCUUCCGAUAGUAAUCUCACCAAGGCCCCAAAGAACUACGAAGGGGUGAGAGUUUCGGGACAUGGAGGAUGGUUUUUACUGAGGCUGUCUUUGCACGACCCUGUGCUGCCACUGAACAUCGAGGCUCCCACGAAAGACGCUGCGCAAAAGCUGGGAUCGUUUGUCAUGGAAGUGGUCUCUGGAUUCAAGGCAUUGGACGUGUCAAGCUUGCAAAAAUUUCUUACAUAGAAGAGAUGUAUAAGCACCAAACGAACUAGCAUUUGCUAGGGGUUUUGCAAA